GAAUGGGCAGAAGAGUGUCUGGACUCAGUCAAUCCAAACAUUCUCUCUCCGAUUGUGGACAAUGAUAUUGUUCAUCCCAUUGCUCCUAAAUGUAUUGAAUUGGAUCGUGCCGAGCCCGAAGGAACCUGCAGCUAUUUAGAUCGCUCCACUGGUGUGGACGAAAGACAGUCAAAACAGGAGUCUUGCACGGUGCCGAUUCUGACACAUAUGCCAGCGGAAUCUAAAUGGCCAGAAAGAACGGAAUUAAUUGCUGUAUUGGGUCCUAGCCGGAAACGUUUUCGCAGACGAGUGAAAAUUUCAUUACAUCAGGGUCCGGCACCCAGUGAAUCGGAAUCUCAUAGUUUGCUUGUUAGACUACGAAUCGACCCGUUAUCAGACAGUGAAUCAGUGCGUCCCCAGUCGAUGAUUUACAAUGAAUCUCAAACACCGUCUAAUUUGUCUCGCCAGAGCAACUCACGAAUUUCUCUAGGUAUAAAAACCCCUCACACUGCAUUGCUUCGGUACGAUUCUAUUGAGCCGAGAAAAGUCACUUCAUGGAUUCCGAUUAACUGCUGCAUGCGCACCAUGAAUUCGGUUCAGGAUGCACAACCGAACGAACGGGAACGAUACACUGGAAUCGCCGAGUGCCUGAUCACCAGUCUUUCCUCACUGUCUAUUCCAAUGAGUGAGGUUGAGUCGAUUGACACAUCGUUUAGUUGGAGUCUACCUGAAUCCGCUCAAACACGAGGUAGGGCAGACAAGAAAUCAUCCAGUUUACCGGAGACAGUCAUUGUCGAUGUACUCUCAGACGAGGAUGCUCGUAAAACAGAACAAGCCAGUCAAACUGGUUCGGAUAGUGGUAUUUACUACGUUGGAAUCACUGGAUCGCGUUUUAAACAUCAAACAACUGAAAACAGUUCACAUAAGUCGCGGUUGAUGAAUACAAAGUCCCAAAAGCGCUCCUUGGAGAUCAACACUAGUAAACCGGUAUCAAUAGGAACGCGUCAACUCAAUACAGAAUCUCGUUAUCCGCGACAUGCACGAUGCUACGUGACACCGGCCACUACCAGAGAUAAAAGUUGUUCACGAAUAGUGUCCCCUUCAUAUGCACCAUUACAGAAACGAGUAAGAUCUACGUCCGGGUUGAGAUCUAAACUCGGACUGAGCGAGUCCACAAAGAAUACUCGUUUGGAUGAACAGAUAAAUUAUUUCUCGGAUGCUCAAUUCACAUCAUUUUCAUUGGAUCGGGAUCGCGGUGACGCAUUGGUGGAUGUAGCAACCACCUCCUUGUCUGCACAACACAUGAAUGCCAAAAUUUCCGAAAACUCUGACUCAAGUGGUUAUCGAACCAAAUUGUUAGAUCCAACAAAUGACGGCGGCAUACAACAGCUAGGCGAGACAACUUUUAUGAGCAGUGUCCCAAUCAAUCUGGACUCUUCACGAAUCGAAGAAUAUCGUGCAGAUAUGUCGAAAAGUUCUGAAACGAGAAGCAAAUCCCGCCCAGGUGUUCACACUACAACACCCGAUUCAAUCAAACAAACAGAAAGCGGUUCCCUCACUCGUGUGAGGAAUAUUCACAUGCCUUCACAUGGAAUUGUUUGGCAAUCAGUAAGACCGACUGCAAGUGUGUUGUCGAGAAACCCAGCAGCGGAUCCUCAUUCAGGUUUAUCGAACGCUGAUAAAUUCCCAUAUUCAAAUCGGUAUAAAUAUAAUCGUUUAGUGAAACCAACUCCUUCACAAAUGAUUGGAUCAGAUUUUCUUACCAGCACGACAGCUUUGCGCAAAAAGCCUCUUUUCAGGUCAGGUGAGAUGACGAUAUCGGAAUGUGAGGAAAUGCGCACAUGUGCAGACUUAGAUAUGCACCGUUCAAAAUCCAAAUAUCGCGUGAAUCUAUCACACAUGAAACCGUCGAAUCGUAUGGGUGGUCUAAGCUCGAUCGCCAGUGAAUUGGAUGUGGAUCCGAUGGAACGUUUUGGAGUGAGUCAAAAGUCCAGCAAAUUCACCUUCUGCAUGCGUCGUCAAUUAUCACAAAACAGUCAAUGGGAUGCGUGGAAUAUACCAACACCGAAUUCGUCCUGUGACAAUUUGCAACCCCGACAGCAUGAGAACGGACCGGCCCGUAGACGAGCACGUUUCGGUUUCUGUCUGAACCCCGGACAACAGACACCAGGUGCCGUGGUAAGCCACAAACUAGAUGAGUUGGCUUCUAGCCGUUAA